CGUUCCCUAACGUAACGGUUAACACAUCUUCCUGUGGUGAACGUAAAAUACAACUUAUUAGGUUCAAAAGUUAUCAUAAUAUGUCUAAUUUGGAGUCUGAUGAUCAGGAUUGGUUCAAUAAAGAUGAAGAUGAGAUUUUGCAGGACUUGCAGACUAAAGUAAACAUUGACAACUCUAAAAAUGAAAAAGUAGAAUAUAUACACGGCUCUUCGGAGAUAGACGAGUACCUUCAACAUAAAAGAUUGGAAGCUUCGUCCAAUAUUUCCAAUGUUGCCAAGUCUAGAAAGCUUACAACAGCAGAUAUGCGAAAAUCAUUAGAUAUGGAACCUUUAGAUACUUUCCUCUUUCUUAUAACCAACGAAUCUAAUUUUUUUGUUGAUCAAAUAACUGUAAGUGACGGUUUGGACCGAAUUAUUUUGUACUUACGAAUUUGGUCUCGAAUAUGUAAGCUGGAAUUGCCCGGAUUUCAAAAUGAUCUAUUGAUAUAUUUGGCUAAACACAAAGUAUUUAUGGAGCAAUUGCGUGUUGUGGCCACUAAACUUUUUCGUAAAAAAUUUAAUUCUUUAUGGAAAGACGACGCAGUUAUAAACGAAAUUCUAUCGGCUAUGAACUCCUUAAUUAGACGUUUGCAUAAAAGUCAGCUUUUAACUUCAAAAGUUGUUCAUGUAAUACGCCAAAUUAAGAAAUUAAUUGAGGACAGUGAUAAUACUAAUAUCGUACAACGGCUGGAAUGUGACCACUUAGUUCUUGUUUUGAAUAGAGUAAUACGGGGAGAAAAGACAGAGCUGAAGGAGAACACUAAAAUUUAUCCCUCACCGGAGGAACUAUCUGCGAACGCAAAGGAAUAUACAGAAAGUGUGAAAAGUGUACAACCUUCUGAUAAUAUGGACGUAUUAGAAUACAUAACGUUGCAGAAAGAAAUUCUACGUGAAGAUUUUAUGAUUCCAUUACGUGAAUUUGUUAUAAAAUUAAAAGACCAGUUACCUAUGGCACAUGGACCGGAAAUCUAUGAGGAUGUAUGCAUUGUUCUUAACAAGGACUUUGUUAAUGUCAAACGCCAUGAAAUGAUGUUCAUUGAUGUACUCGGCAAAGAACGACCGGUUAAUGGAAAUGAUGUGGUAGUUUCACGCCAAAUAAAAGCUAAUUUAUCGGCCAUUAAAACGGGGGCAUUACUCCUACUGACAACCAAUAGGAACUUUGAAAAUCUUAUUUUAGCUACAGUUACAUACACCGAUGGGGAAUUGCUUGGUUUAGGAUAUAUCAGCAUUGAAAUUGUGCGCAAUUACAAUAUAACCGCAAUAUAUGACCGACCUUUCUUAAUGUUCGAAACACCGGCCUUCUUUGAACCGUAUAACAAUGUCUACAAGUACUUAAAUGAUUACGGCGAUGACGAUCUUCCCAUGAAGCAGUAUAUUAUAAAUGGUCAGAGAGAAGUAUGUUCACCUCGUUACGUAGAACCAAACAAAUCGUAUACUUUUGAAGGCGAAUCAUUUAAAAUAAAUGCAACACAAUCGGACAAACCGAAAAAACUGCCCCUGAAUGAAUCUCAGUGGAAAGCAUAUCGGGAAGCCUUAACGAAGGAAUUUUCUCUAAUACAGGGGCCACCAGGUACAGGUAAAACACACUUAUCCGUGCAGUUGGUUCGUACACUAAUUAAUAAUGCGAAAACACCUAUUGUAUUAAUCACUUACACUAAUGAUUCGUUGGAUAAGUUCUUAUUGAAAUUGUCUGAAUAUACCAGCAACAUUUUACGUUUUGGAAGCCAAACACGUAUACCAGAACUUUCAAAAUUCAAUGUAAGGCACGAAUCCAACCAGAAAGAAAUGGUGAAUCCCCAUCUUAAGCGCCUUUACUAUAUUACUAAUGAAGAGUUUAAGGCGAAAUUUCAAAAAAUGCAAGAAAUUCAUACACAGAUUGAUGGUAGUGAGGAAUCUUAUCAGAGUUUGUUAGCUGCACAACGCACUGUUAGCGAAGUUAGUGAGAAACUAAAAACUAUACGUAUAAUGUUUCAGUUUUAUGCAGCACGAAAAGCUGAUAUUAUAGCAAUGACUUCAACUUGUGCAGCUAGAAUUAAUUUUCUAUUUCGUUUGCUCCAAAGUAAAAUUGUAAUCUUUGAAGAGGCAGCAGAAAUUUUAGAGGCACAUGUCCUAGCCUGCUUAACGCCAUUUACCGAACAUGUCAUAAUGAUUGGUGAUCACAUGCAAUUAAAGCCUUAUACCUCUACCUAUCACCAUAGUAGCACUUAUCAAUUGAAUAUUUCUCUAUUUGAACGGUUGUUUGUAAAUAAUAUGAAAGGUCCAACACUCGAUGUACAAUAUCGUAUGCGCCCUUGUAUUGCAGAACUAAUUCAACCAACCUUUUAUUCUGUGCUCAAUCAUGAUGAUAGUGUAAAGAAAUAUCCUAAUGUGCGUAAUAUGGGAAAGAAUUUAUAUUUUUGUACACAUGACCAAAGCGAAUUUCAUUCUCAGAAUGAAUGUUCAAUAUAUAACAAAUAUGAAAUAAAACAAAUCGUAGACUUGGCAAAAUAUUUGAUCACAGAAGCUGCUUAUACUGCAAAUGAUAUUGUAAUACUAAGUCCCUAUGCCAAGCAAAUAGAACGCCUUAAGUCCAUGAUUAAUAAUGACUUCGAAGACAACAAACCAAAAGUAUCCACCGUGGAUAGUUUCCAAGGGCUUGAGGCCAAUAUUGUACUACUCUCAUUGGUGCGAAGUAACACUAAAGACCAAAUAGGGUUUCUCAAAGAGAAGAAUCGUAUUUGUGUGGCCUUAUCUCGUGCCAAGCUGGGCUUAUAUAUAAUUGGAAAUAUGCCGCUAUUGGCAAAAUGCAGUGAAACAUGGCGAUCGAUUGAAGAGAAACUGAUAGCACAGGAGGCCAUAGGCAAUAAGUUUCCAAAAUUGCAUGAGAAAAUACCACUUUUAAGUUAAGAAUAUAAAGUGUUCAACUUAAUAAGAGUAUAAUUUCACUAAAAUUUGAUGUUCACUUACCUUGGGAAUAUUUAAAAUAAUUGAAAUAAAACGAAGAACACUAUGCAUUUUGACAGUU